AUGAGCGGGGAUUGCGGUUUCAGCGGGAGGGAGCAUGGGGGCGGACGGGGAAGUCAGGACCUGUUGUGCGACGGAUUCGAAAGGGGGAAGGCUGUGUAUGAUGAGCAUAGGUUCUCAGUAGGAUCCUUCAGCGAUGAGUUCGUGGCUGUUGGGAUGAUGUCACCAAGGUACUUGAGAUCGGAGAUGUUCUCUCCUCGUAUGAUCGAGAGACAGUGGACCCAGGAGGAGAGGCAGACUCAGGCCGGGAGGGAAGGAUCGGUAGGAGUUGGACUGGUGCUGGAUCAGCGAGGGUCCCAACUUCUCGUACACGGGUUCGUGAGGGGCAGCUCAUCGUUUGCCUGCGGGACGUUGGAGAAAGGUGACAUACUGCACAUGGUCGAUGACGUCAUCGUGGACGGCAUGCCCCGGUCGCAGAUCGCUACUCUCAUCACUGGCAAGGUCGGGACUGAAGUGAAGCUGACUUUCCUAAGACAAGAGACGGUGGCGAUCAUGGAGAAGCUGGCAGGGGAUCAGGAGGAAAGUGGGGGAUACGGCUUCCAUCCUCUCGUCUUGUCCUCUGGAUCCCCAGGCGUCGUGUCGCACAGGAUGAGGAGGGUGGCACCGAGGUACAUGCAAGUGAAGGUCUGUCUGACUAGAGGCCAGCAAGUGGGGGAGUACAUUCCUGAUCAAGACUUGAAGCAAUGUAGCGAGGAGGAAGUUGGGAACGGUGAGCAGACGGUUCGGGGCUGGAUGUUCCAGACAGACUCAGAGCGGCAGCAUAAGAGUCUGCAGUCGUGGAUGACUCAGGAUAUGAAGGUCGAGAAGGCGCAGGAGUACGGUGAGAAUACCUCUUGA